ACCAGCUUCCGUUCCGUAGCUUCCACCAGAAAAGACAACCGCACCGAAUCCAUCACACCUAGCGCACCUUCUCUUUUCUGUUACACCCGAAAAACAAAAACCUUUCCUUUUCUUCGCCUCCCGACUCUUUUUCUUUUUCUCUCUCUCUACCCCUAAUCAUCGCCUCGUGCUUAGCGACCUUUCUGUGCCCUAAUUCUUUAUUCCCAAUUCCAGAUCCCUGUGCCCGAACCCCAGACUUUCCUAUCAUCUUUCUCGAAACUCUCGCCGGAAUUGUUCUCGGGGGAAGUAGCAGUGUUUGGGUUUGGGAGGGGGCCGAGAUGAGCUUUCAGGAUUUCCGGGAUCUGGAAGCGGGCCGCGGUCCGGUUCAGUCCAGGCGAGAACCGACCCAAGCCUUGGCCUCCGGCAUUUUCCAGAUCACCACCGCCGUCUCCACGUUUCAGAGGCUCGUCAACACCAUCGGUACCCCCAAAGACACGCCCGAGCUCCGCGAGAAGCUGCACAAGACAAGACUACAUAUUGGGCAAUUAGUAAAGGAUACUUCAGAAAAACUUAAGCUAGCGAGUGAAAGAGAUCAUCAUUCUGAUGUUGAUGGAAGACAGAAGGUUGCAGAUGCUAAGCUUGCAAAAGAUUUUCAAGUGGUACUGAGAGAUUUUCAGAAAGCUCAACGACUUUCAGCUGAGAGGGAAACGGCAUAUGCUCCUUUUGUUCCCCAGGCUGUUCUUCCAUCAAGCUACACUGCUAGUGAGAUAGAUGUAACCUCAGAUAAGAAUUCAGAACAGCGUGCUCUCCUUGUGGAAUCGAGAAGACAGGAGGUCUUGCUAUUAGACAAUGAAAUUGCCUUUAACGAGGCUAUCAUCGAGGAAAGAGAACAAGGAAUACAAGAGAUCCAGCAGCAAAUUGGGGAAGUGAAUGAGAUUUUUAAAGAUCUGGCUAUAUUGGUUCAUGAACAAGGGACAAUGAUCGAGGAUAUCGACUCUAAUGUUGAGAGUGCUCACGCUGCAACUGCCCAGGCAAAGUCCCACCUUGCGAAGGCCUCAAAGACGCAGAGAUCAAACUCAUCUCUGACUUGCUUGCUGUUGGUAAUAUUUGGAAUCGUGCUUCUCAUUGUGAUAAUAGUACUUGCAGCUUAAUCAGAAGAUUAUCCGCAUUUGAUCAGAGUCAACUCACAAUCUGCCCAUCCGUUUUGCUAAUGUAUCUGAUGGGUUGUUUUCUGGGAUCAUCAUGCCUGACUUGAGUUUGCGCUUCUUGAUCCAGUUUAGUAUAUAGCUGUCUGUUACAAUAUCUGGUUGUUUAGUGGGGGGUUGUUUUUGCUGUAGGUUGAUGGUUGGGGCUUCUGAUGGGUAUUCUAUGUCUGUUACGUAAUGGUCAAAAGUAUAUGUUAAUAAAAUUCAUAAUUCUUUGGUUUUCAUGUUAUGCUAUGUUAUGGUUUUGGCUC